AAACCCUCCUCAUCUCGUAAAAUAGGAGCUGCAUGUUUCAGCUCUUACCAAAGGAACUACGAUUAGCAGCGCAUAGCAGGAGCUUUUUUCUAACUGUAAUCCGGAAUUUGUCUUGUACCGUGAAAACUGUGAAACGGAUUCAAUUUGUAGAGUUUGAAAAAAGGCCAGGAGGUGCCAUGGAAUUGAGCCAGGGCUAGCAUGUACCUGAGAUACUAUGUCCUCAGCUUGAUUUUGAGUCCUAUACAAAACCUACGGACCUGAGCGCGGAUCUCUAGGAAGAGUUCUAGGUGCUUUCUGAAGUCAGGAUUUAUAGAUAUUCAGAUUUCUUUGUGGAAGGCGUACAUUUUAGUUCUGAGUUGGAUUAUUACUCAGGUCCGGCAGAUUAUUCUCCCGAUAAACGCACGAUCAUUUUAGGAUGCAGUGUUUUGUGGUGUUACCGUUGUUCCUUCUGUUACUGAACUGCACUCCAAACAGUGGGUUAAACAUUUGUACAACCAGAGGAGUGAGCUCCUGUCGAGACUGCCUAGCCGUACACCCUAGCUGUGCCUGGUGCUCCCAGCAGGACCUCCCUCUAGGAGCCUCCCGCUGUGAUCUAAGAGACAAUUUCCAAGAAAAUGUCUGCAAAUCAGAAUACAUUGAAUAUCCUGCCAGCAAGAUGGACAUUGUGGAAGACAAGCCUCUGAGUAACAAGGAGUCUAGUUCCAAGUCUGACUUUACACAGAUAAGUCCUCAGAAGAUGGUCAUUACUCUUCGACCAGAUGAUUCUGUUGUAUUCACUAUCAAAGUACGUCAAGUUGAAGACUACCCAGUUGAUUUGUAUUACUUGAUGGACCUUUCUAAUUCCAUGAAGGAUGAUCUUAGCAACAUCCAGACACUGGGAAGUAAUCUGGCUAGAAAUAUGAGUACUUUAACCAGCAACUUCAGAAUUGGAUUUGGAGCCUUUGUGGAUAAGCCCAUUGCUCCAUAUAUGUAUACUUCACCAGAAGCUAUAAUCAACCCUUGCUAUGGAACUGUCCUUCCACCAUGCAUACCCAUGUUUGGAUACAAACACGUCCUGUCCUUAACUGAUGAAGUGACUCGCUUUAAUGAAGAAGUGAAGAAGCAACAUGUGUCGCGUAAUCGUGAUGCACCAGAGGGAGGAUUUGAUGCCAUCGUCCAGGCUGCAGUGUGCAAUACGAAGAUUGGCUGGCGGCAGGAAGCUUCACAUUUGUUGGUGUUUACUACUGAUGCCAAGACCCACAUUGCUCUGGAUGGCAGAAUUGCAGGGAUUGUACAACCCAACGAUGGAGAGUGCCACAUCGGAAGUGACAAUGAGUACUCUCACUCCACCAUUCUAGACUAUCCAUCACUGGCACAGUUAAAUGAAAAACUUACAGAUAACAACAUUAACCUGAUCUUUGCAGUCACAGAUGUUGUAGUGGACCUGUAUAAGAAAUAUAGUGAACUGAUCCCUGGGACAGCUGUCGAAACAUUAUCAAAAGACUCCAAUAAUAUUAUCCAGCUCAUAGUGGAUGCUUACGGUAAAAUUCGUUCAAAAGUGGAAUUGGAGGUUCGGGAUGUUCCUGAAGAGUUGUUUCUCAGCUUCAAUGCCACUUGUCUGAAUGGAGAGGUCAACCCAGGACUUAAGUCAUGUACAGGGGUCAAAGUUGGGGAUACGGUGAGCUUUUCUGUAGAGGCCAAAGCAAGAGGUUGUCCAGACAGCAAAACAAAAACCUUCAGCAUAAAGCCAGUAGGAUUUAAAGAUACCCUCACCAUAACGGUAAACUUCAACUGUGAUUGUAGCUGUGAAGCUUCAGCAGAGCUGAAUAGUACUAAGUGCAAUUACGGCAAUGGGACCUACGAAUGUGGCAUCUGUCAGUGCUACCCAGGGCACCUAGGCCCCAUGUGUGAAUGCAAAGAAGGCGAAUACAACCCUACUAAACAGGACCAGUGUAUUCCAAAGGAAGGGCAGCCUGUCUGCAGUGGAAGGGGGGAGUGUUCAUGUAGCCAAUGCAUAUGUCACAACAAUGACUUUGGCAAAGUGUGGGGGAAGUACUGCGAGUGUGAUGACUUCUCCUGUGUUCGCCACAAGGGUAAAAUGUGUUCAGGUCAUGGUCAGUGUAGCUGUGGAGACUGUAUUUGCGACCAGGGCUGGAGUGGAGAUUACUGCAACUGCUCUACACUCAUUGACAACUGUAUGGCAGCCAAUGACCUCAUGUGUAGUGGGCGUGGCCAGUGCAGCUGUGGACAGUGUGAGUGCACCCAGCCAGGUGCAUAUGGCAACACCUGCGAAAAAUGCCCCACUUGCCCUGAUGCGUGUACCUUCAAAAAGGACUGUGUUGAAUGCCAACAUUUCAAGAGAGGAUCCCUGCUGAAAGAAAAUACCUGUGACAAGAUUUGCAGAGAUGAGAUUCAACUGGUAGAAACUCUUGACAGUAAUGAUAAGAAUGCCAGAAACUGCACCUACAAGGAUGAAGAUGACUGCGUGGUAAGAUUUCAGUACUAUGAGGAUGCAAGUGGAAAAUCUAUUCUCUUUGUGGUCAAAGAACGAGAAUGCCCCAAAGGUCCGGAUUUUCUGGUGGUUCUUGCAUCUGUUAUUGCUUCCAUAUUGCUUAUAGGCAUGGUAGCUCUGCUUAUCUGGAAACUUUUGAUAACCAUUCAUGACCGCAGAGAAUUUGCCAGAUUUGAGGAAGAACGCUCCAAAGCCAAGUGGGACACGGCCAAUAACCCACUGUAUAAAGGUGCAACAUCAACUUUUACAAACAUCGCAUACCGUGGGAACCCAGAGUGAGUGUUCAGCCUUAUCUCUAACUGGGGUGAACUGUAGGAAGAGAGCAACAUCCAUUUUUAUGAAGACCUUUCAUUUCAUAAUUUUAUUUAUCUGGAUGCACUGAUCUUUUGGUUGUGGCUUUGUUCAGGUUCUUCAUUAAUUAUACGUGCUUGGGGUGAGGGGACAUACACCAAUGGCUGAUAGGGAGUACUUUAAGAAUGACACCACUUGUGAAUGGGGGCUCCAUCUCGUGAUUCUAUUACACAGAAACUACAGAAGACUUCUGAAGAAUGUCUAAAGUGGACACUGGUAUGCAGGGAAGAGUAAAAACUCAUACAGGAAUAAAAUGGAGCUUGAUUUGCUGAAUAAUAACUGAGACAAAAUAAAAUAAAAGAGAGAAAGCAUGCAUCCAAAUCCUUAUUAGUGUCUACACAUUCAAAGUAAAUGUUCUAAAAUGAAUUUCUACUGGUUAUUUCUGCUCUGCGUUUUAUGACUGUUUCUGUUACUCUUCAUAUAGGAUUAUUACAAAUUGCAAUGUACUGAGAACAACUGUAUGUUAAAAUACGCACUGCACUGUUGAAAACUACUGAAAGUUAUUAUAAGUUAGACACUACUACUGUAUUUAUGUUCACUUAUAUUUAUUCUAGUGAUAGCUAAAUGUACAAGGAUUCAGCAUGCUAUAUGCAUUUUAUUUUUGUUUCAAGUCCAUUUUAUUCCUAGGAGAAUGUGAUAUGCCUUUUGCUAUGAGAUAAACAAGCUGUGUGACUUAACAACAGUGUUCCUGUCUUUACAGGUCUUUUAUAAGAAACACAUCAAGAAUUUAGUUGAUACAAAUCUUUGCAUCAGCUGCAUGGGCAGUUUGGUGUAUUACACUGUAUGGUCUGGGGGUAACCUUAUUAUUUUCCCUUGGCAUGGUUGUGUUGAGGGUAUUGUCCACAUACUACUGACCCACAUUUGUGAACCCUAGCUGAAGGCAUCCUAAGAAAAGACCAGUAAGUAGGGUCACUGAGCAUUUACAUGUUCAUAAUGGCAAAUCAGCUGCAUUUCACCUUAUCCUAAGAACAGCUCCUUGAUAUAGAAUGGAGCAGUGCAACAUAAUGCAUUAGGAAGAGGAUACCUUGACUUAUGGCAUAUGGUAUGAUUAGAAUAUCCUUUAAUUGCAUGUUAAGGAUUGAGAUUUAUCAACUGAUUACCUUUGACAUUUGAAAAGUUUUUUUAUCAGAUCAGAAUAUAAACAACAGCUCAGAGUGUCUUUUUUUAUGAAAUGGACAUUGUGGGUCAGAUUCCAACUGAGUUGAUUUAAGUGUAAGGCUGCCUUGAUUCUGAAACACUGUCAGUGUAAGUGGCUGCUAUAAGGCCUAUCUAUAAACAGACUUACACUGGGGCCAGAUUCCAAAAGACCUGCUGCCAGUUUAAGUGAUCACCUACACUAAGAACAAAUCUUUUGGAAUUGGGCCGUGUGUGUGUGUGUGUGUGUGUGUGUGUGUGUGUGUGUGUGUGUGUGUGUGUGUGUGUGUGUGUGAUUUCUGGUUUGUAAAUAGUACAAGUGUUUUAUGGCUGUAUAAGAACAUUACCAAAAGGAUGUUAUUACUUUAUAUUUGCUUUAUAAUAAAGGUAAUUACCAUAUUUA